AUGAAAGAGUAUGUUCGUUCAAUAAUAUUAGAAGAAGUUAAGCAAUCACAAAUGUUUUGUAUAAUUAUAGACACUACUACUGAUUUGUCAAGUUUAGAACAAGUAGCAUUUGUAUUAAGGUAUGUCUAUAUGGGAMAAAUCAAAGAAAGAUUAAUUGCUUUGGAAACUGCCGAAGAUAGUUCAGGUAAAGGGAUUUUUGAUGUAUUUCAAAAAAUAAUGCAACAGCAUAAUAUUAAUUGGAAAGAAUAUUUAUAUGCACAAUCAUAUGAUGGUGCUGCUUCAAUGCAAGGACAAUAUAAAGGAUUAAAAACAUUAAUUCAAAAGGAAAAUGAGAAAGCCAUAUACGUGUGGUGUUUCGCACAYAGACUUAAUUUAGUAAUUGUAGACACUGCUGAUUCUAGUACCAAUACAAAAAAUUUCUUUGGUGAUCUUCAAGCUUUAGUUAAUUUUAUGAGAGCGAGAAAAAGAACUGCGGAAUUUGUAAAAUCUCAAAAGCUUCUUCAACCUCUUAAGCGUGUUAGAUCAAUGAAGAAUUUUUCAGACUCUAGAUGGACAUCACACGGCCACUUUAUAGAAGCUACUAAUUUAAUGAAUACUAGCUUAAAACAAUUAACUCAUACAAGGAAUGAUACUGAAUAUGAAAAAUUACUAAGCGAAGCAAAGCAAUUUGCCGAAAAUAAUUGUCUUCCUUCUACAAGUUUUAAAGAAAAUAGAAGAAGAAAUAAAAAAAGGAUGCCUGGUGAAAACAGUAGGGAUGAAGUAUUAUCUUCUCCAGAAAAUAAGUAUAAAUUUGAAACUUAUUUUAAAGUGUUGGAUCAAAUCAUAAAUUCUAUUCGUACAAGAUUUAGUGAAUCCCAUGAAAUAAUGAAAGAUUUAGCUUUGUUAUCUCCAGAAAGAAUAGCAUUAUAUAACGAUCAAAAUCAAACACUACCUUAUGAUGCUUUUAAUAGAUUAGGAACGUGGAUACAAAACCUUAAUGUAGAACAAUUAAAAAACGAAUAUAAAACAUUUGCUAAAAGUUUCAAUGAGUUAAUUUCCAGUAUUAAUUUACCAUCUCAACUUCAUACAAAAAUCAAAAAUACAACUAAACAAGAAGAAGAUGAUCAAAACUCUGAUUGUGAAUUAAAUAAUAGUAGCAGUAGCAGUAGUAGUGGGGAAAGCAGCAAAACAACUGAUAAAUUAGAAAAAAUAAAAUUCCACACCAUGCUUCAUGUAUUAUCAACUUUGGAUUUGUCUGUUGCUUUUCCUAAUUUAUAUUUGGCAUUUAAAGCUUAUGGAACAAUUCCAGUGACUUCAGCAUCAGCAGAGAGGACAUUUUCAAAAGUGAAACUUAUCAAAACUAGACUGAGGACUACAGUUAAUGAAGGAAGGCUUGAGAGCUUACUAAUGCUUAGCGUUGAAAAAGAUGUUAAAAUUGACUACGAAGAAAUUAUCAAUCGAUUUGGUCGAUCAUCUACAGUUUUACAAAGGGCACUUUUGUUUGUUUGA